CUGAGAAGAGGCGUCAUUGCAACGAUGGCUCGCUGAUUCUGUCGAUAUAAUCUCUCUUAUAUAACUGUUCUUUGUUUCUCUCUUCUUGGACCUUUCAUCCCCAAAUCUUCCGACUCAUCGCAAGUACUCGAUCAGAUAGACACCUUGUACCACCCGGGGAACAGAUAUAUAUAGACGAUCAUGGCGACACACAAUAUUGUGGUUCUGGGGGCCGGAGUAUCUGGACUCACAACCGCAUAUCUUCUCUCCCAGGAUCCAUCCAAUUCCAUUACCGUUGUUGCCAAACAUAUGCCCGGAGAUUAUGACAUCGAAUACUGUUCUCCGUGGGCUGGGGCCAAUUAUUUCCCAACGGGCCAACCAGGAAGCAACCAUGCCAAAUGGGAGCGCGAGACAUGGAAACCACUGACGGAGAUCACAGAGAAGUAUCCCGAAGCAGGAAUUCAUUAUCAAGAUACUAUCAUUUACAAUCGCAAAAAGGAUCAAAACUCUACAACCGGUCAAGCAUUCUCGGUUCUUGUGGAUGAAAAUCCAUGGUAUAAAGAGGUUCUUUCCGAUUUCAAAGUCAUCCCCAAACACCAACUACCCCCUGGUAUUGACAAUGCCCAAACCUUCACCUCAGUCUGCAUCAACACAGCAAUCUACCUUCCCUGGCUAGUCGGCCAAUGCCGCAAAAACGGCACAGUCUUCAAACGAGCCGUUGUCAAACACGUGGCAGACGCGGCAAACGCCCAUCACUCCGGUAAAACAGCCGACGUCGUCAUCAAUUGCACCGGCCUCUCGUCCAAAAAGCUAGGGGGCGUGCGCGACGACAAGCUCCUCCCGGCCCGCGGACAGAUCGUUCUUGUGCGAAACGACCCGGGCAUUAUGUCGUCGAUCUCCGGCACGGAUGACGGCGAGGACGAACUAUUCUACAUGAUGACUCGCGCUGCUGGUGGCGGGACUGUCCUUGGUGGUUGCUACCAGAAGCACCAGUGGGAUCCACUCCCGGACCCUAACUUGGCUACGAGAAUCAUGAAGCGAGCUAUCGAGCUGUGUCCGCAGCUUGUGGCCAAGGGACAGGGGAUUGAAGGGUUAGAUAUUAUUCGUCACGGGGUGGGACUGCGGCCGCUUCGAGAGGGCGGACCCCGUAUUGAGAAGGAAAAGAUCAAUGGUGUUGCGGUUGUUCACAAUUAUGGCCAUGGCGGGUAUGGUUAUCAGUCUUCGUUUGGCUGUGCCGCAGAGACUGUGCGGUUGGUGAAGGAGACACUGCAGGGAAAGAAGCUUGGGGCGAAGUUAUAAUAAUAUAAUAGAUGGAUCUGGGGAAGAUCUACAACGCCUUAGCGAUGUGGUAGAUUAUUCAUUUUUGUUACGGUAGAACUCUCCACGAUAAAACUAUGUUCAUAAGAAAUGAAUAAUCAUACAAUAUAACUAACU